GAGGACAUCACCUGCACGCAGGACAUCGCUGGCGCGUGGACCAUCACCUGCACAGCAGGCAUCGGCAGCAGCGCGCGGAGCAUCACCUGCGCAGCAAGCAUCAGGAGCGCGCAGAUCAUCACCUGCGCGCCACACAUCGUCAUCGUGCAGAUCAUCACCUGCGCACCAGAUGACAUCAGCAUGCAGACUAUCACCUGCGCGCCAGACAUCAGCGCACAGAACGUCACCUGUGCGCCAGACACCGUCGGCGACCACACCACCAGAUGUGCGCCAAACUACAGCUCCUGCGUGCAGGCCAUCACCAGAUCGUCAUCUCUCCACGAGCUCUGGGACUGUGACCGAAGAGCCUCAACAAGACACUACCCUUGUGGACCCAUCACCCGAACUGUUUGAGUCUACAGGGUUAACGGUUGAGACUUUUCUUGGGUUUGAAGACAGCCGUGCAGAAGUAUCCAGCCAGACCCUAGAAAAGUCUCCAGAAUUGAGGACAAGUGAAGCUCCCAGAGCAGCGGCACCACAGGAUGGAGAAGUGGUGCCACGGACCAGCGUCGGACUUGCGUCGGGGAUUGGUUCAUUCUUCAGGCCGGAUCUACUACAGGAUUCGUCAGAGGAUGAUGAGGUGGAAGUGCAGCAGCCUGCUGUCUCUACAUCCCUGUCUGCACAAAUGCAAUUGGUGGCAGACGUCCAGGAAGGGCAGGAUCCCUCAAAUAUUCAGAGGGUUAACAACCUGGCAGCAGAGAUGAAUGUCAGCCAGGAUAGUUUUCGGGUUGUCGUUGGAAGCAGACUCGACGCCAUUGAGAGGACAAUGGAUAAGAUGGCAAACGGUCUGCUUGAAAUGCAGAAGGCUCAUGCCGACAGCGCGGCCGAAAUUCAAAAGACCAGAAGAGAAGAUCACAGGGAGACUAUGGACAUCCUUCAAAUUCUGGCCCAAUCCAUCAACCGGCUGGUGAAGAACACAUCAUGCCUGGCACACAGCAAUGACAACAUGUCGGUGAGCCAUCGACAUUCUGCAUCCAGCCAACAGAUCAUCGCAACCACACUGCAGAUGACAUACGAUAAACUCCCAGAACCAGCUCAUGAACACGCUGGUGAUCCACCACUUCCGCCAUCACGUGCCACAUGGACACCUCCACCAACAUCCUGGUAUAGACGGUCACAGAUGUACCAAGGAUAUACAGGGAUGUACCCCACCCACCAGAUGCCUCCACCACCAACACCGGCCGCAACAUCUACAGCCGCAUGGGCACCGAGGCCCAGUCAACCCACUACCCAGCCGCCCCGGACAUCGACACCCCAUCAGGAAGAAGAAGAGGAUCCGGACAGACAUCCACCAUGAGCCCGGUCGUAUUGUUUUAUUUACUGUUAUGUUUUUCAUGUAUCCCUUUCUUCCCCUCCCAUUAGUUAUUUUUUUUCUUACUAUUGUUUUAUAUGUGUUGGGCUCCCCCACCCGUGACCGGGUACUACCAAGGAGCUUUAUGUCUACACAUACAUGCGCGGGCAUGUAUGCGGGCGCGUGUGGUAACGGAUGAAAGCUCCUUGUGGCUACAUGUAUGAUGGGCCAAAGAGCUAUUCUGAUACCACUUUUUUGCCCCCAAAAAACUUUUUGUAUUGGUGUACAAUAGGCUUUCACUGUUGUGUGAAUUUACUAUUCACUAGUGUUUGUUUUUGGCUUAGUCAUAGGAUUGGGUGAAAAAUUGAAGUGGACGGCAUAAGUUCGUGUUAUGCAUACCAAGGUGAGUAGA